UGCACGGGAAAGCCCAGAGACCUGGGCUGAGCUUGCGAUGUCUUUGGGGGAUGUUGAGGAAGGGAUGGCAGUAAAAACAGGGCCGGAACUACAGCGAGGGGAGUGAGGCUAAAGAGCAAAGUGUAAGCGGGCAGUGACUCUCAGCAUACUGCAAGUGCAGAGAGAACCCUUCCUUACAUUUUGCCUUCCAGGAGCUUCUCUGGCCUCAUCUGCCUUAUUCCAAACCCAGCCCUGAAUAAGAAGCUUCCUAACCUCCAGACUUAGGCUGGCACCAAUUGCGCCCACCCAGAGGCUUCUCCCGAGGAUCAAAUGAUAUAAGUGAAAGUGCCUUGGAGCAGAGUAAAGCUGUCAUAUUUGGGACAAGCCCGUUAGAAAAUGUGCUAGAGCCCAUCCGUGUGGGGGUGUGACUGACCAUUGACCCUGAGACCAAUUGCUGACCCUGACCUUGGAAUGCUGUCCCCCUCGACCUUCAUUGGAUGGAAUUUUCCCCUGAAUUUCUUGUUCCCCAAUAAAAGGCCACUCCCUGGCUGCUCUCUCUCUCUCUCUCCUGCUAGUCUGUGUAAACCUCGCUGCCCCACCAGGUGGCUUGAGGCAGGAGCCAGAGGGGAGAGCCAUUUCAGACCUGGUCAAACAAAAAGGAUCAAAUCCAGUGCCUCACGCGUGGUAGCUGAACAUUUGUUUUGCCUUUUUGUCUGGCCAUUCCUUUGAAGAACAGAGACACAUCAUAAAAUCGAGAAGUUCUCCUGGUAUUCUACAAAGUAGAGUAUAGCAAAAUGGAUAUACCAAAUCCUCCAACUUCCAAAUGUAUCACUUACUGGAAAAGAAAAGUGAAAUCUGAAUAUAUGCGACUUCGACAACUUAAACGACUUCAGGCAAAUAUGGGUGCAAAGGCCUUAUAUGUGGCAAAUUUUGCAAAGGUUCAAGAAAAAACCCAAAUUCUCAAUGAAGAGUGGAAGAAGCUUCGUGUCCAACCUGUUCAGUCAAUGAAGCCUGUGAGUGGGCAUCCUUUUCUCAAAAAGUGUACCAUAGAGAGCAUUUUUCCAGGAUUUGCAAGCCAACAUAUGUUAAUGAGGUCUCUGAACACUGUUGCAUUGGUUCCCAUCAUGUAUUCCUGGUCCCCUCUUCAGCAGAACUUUAUGGUAGAAGAUGAGACAGUUUUGUGCAAUAUCCCCUACAUGGGAGAUGAAGUGAAAGAAGAAGAUGAAACUUUCAUUGAAGAGCUGAUCAAUAACUAUGAUGGGAAAGUCCAUGGUGAAGAAGAGAUGAUUCCUGGAUCUGUCUUGAUUAGUGAUGCCGUUUUCCUGGAGUUGGUAGAUGCCCUGAAUCAAUAUUCAGAUGAGGAGGAGGAAGGACACAAUGACACCUCAGAUGGAAAGCAAGAAGACAGCAAAGAAGAUCUGCCAGUAACAAGAAAGAGAAAACGACACGCCAUUGAAGGCAACAAAAAGAGUUCCAAGAAACAGUUCCCAAAUGACAUGAUCUUCAGUGCCAUUGCCUCGAUGUUCCCUGAGAAUGGCGUCCCAGAUGACAUGAAGGAGAGGUAUCGCGAACUAACAGAGAUGUCAGACCCCAAUGCACUUCCUCCUCAGUGCACACCCAACAUCGAUGGCCCCAAUGCCAAGUCUGUGCAGCGGGAGCAAUCUCUGCACUCCUUCCACACACUUUUUUGCCGACGCUGCUUUAAAUACGACUGCUUCCUUCACCCUUUUCAUGCUACUCCUAAUGUAUAUAAACGCAAGAACAAGGAAAUCAAGAUUGAACCAGAACCAUGUGGCGCAGACUGCUUCCUUUUGCUGGAAGGAGCAAAAGAGUAUGCGAUGCUCCAUAAUCCUCGCUCCAAGUGCUCUGGGCGUCGGCGGCGAAGGCACCAUGUGGUCAGUGCUUCCUGCUCCAACACUUCAGCCUCAGCUGUGGCUGAGACUAAAGAAGGGGACAGUGACAGGGACACAGGCAAUGACUGGGCCUCCAGUUCAUCAGAGGCUAACUCUCGCUGUCAGACCCCCACAAAACAGAAGGCCAGUCCAGCCCCACCUCAGCUCUGUGUAGUGGAAGCCCCCUCGGAGCCUGUGGAGUGGACUGGGGCUGAAGAGUCUCUUUUUCGAGUCUUCCAUGGCACCUACUUCAACAACUUCUGUUCAAUAGCCAGGCUUCUGGGGACGAAGACAUGCAAGCAGGUCUUUCAGUUUGCAGUGAAAGAAUCACUUAUCCUGAAGCUUCCAACAGAUGAGCUCAUGAACCCCUCACAGAAGAAGAAAAGAAAGCACAGGUUGUGGGCCGCACACUGCAGGAAAAUUCAGCUGAAGAAAGAUAACUCUUCCACACAAGUAUACAACUAUCAGCCCUGCGACCACCCAGAUCGUCCCUGUGACAGCACUUGCCCCUGCAUCAUGACUCAGAAUUUCUGUGAGAAGUUCUGCCAGUGCAACCCAGACUGUCAGAAUCGUUUCCCAGGCUGUCGCUGUAAGACCCAGUGCAAUACCAAGCAGUGUCCUUGCUAUCUGGCAGUGCGAGAGUGUGAUCCUGACCUGUGCCUCACCUGUGGGGCCUCAGAGCACUGGGACUGCAAGGUGGUCUCCUGCAAGAACUGCAGCAUUCAGCGUGGCCUCAAGAAGCAUCUGCUGCUGGCCCCCUCUGAUGUGGCCGGAUGGGGCACCUUCAUUAAGGAGUCUGUGCAGAAGAACGAAUUCAUUUCUGAAUAUUGCGGCGAGCUUAUCUCUCAGGAUGAGGCUGAUCGACGAGGGAAAGUCUAUGACAAAUACAUGUCCAGCUUCCUCUUCAACCUCAACAAUGAUUUUGUAGUGGAUGCAACCCGGAAAGGAAACAAAAUUCGAUUUGCAAACCAUUCGGUGAACCCCAACUGCUAUGCUAAAGUGGUCAUGGUCAAUGGAGAUCAUCGGAUUGGGAUCUUUGCCAAGAGGGCAAUUCAGGCUGGUGAAGAGCUCUUCUUUGAUUAUAGGUACAGUCAAGCGGAUGCCCUCAAGUACGUGGGGAUAGAGAGGGAGACCGACGUCCUUUAGCCUUCCUGGCGCUGUGGUAGCAGCACUGUCUUUGCUUUCAUGCACACACCACUGCUGCUUGAGUUCCUGCACUGUGUGUCUUCCACGCCGAGAAACCCCAACCAUUCCCUCUGUAGUGAGGCCUCAGCUGUGUCCCACAGGCACAAAACCAUCUCAGUGAGAGGGGAGCCAGGCAGCUAGGGCUUGGUCUCCUAGGAGAGAGUUGCAGAAGUGGGAGGCUGCUUCUCAGGCCUCAAAGGAGGGCACGGGCCAGGGCAAAUGACUGCUUGAUUUCUCCUCAGCUUCCCAAGCUGCAGGCCUCAGGAAUCAACUUAGGCAGUUCUGAACAGGCUCUGUCUUUUAGCUUUCCCAGCCAAUGGUCCUUAUGCAAUUGGGUGCCAGACAUAGCUGAGUGAAAUCUGGUCUCUGGAGCCUACAAGUGCUCUGGGUUAGAGGUGAGCCUGGCAGGCAGCACACACUGAAUUCAGAGGGAGAUGGGUCACUUUCCUACCUCUUUCCUCUGGCAGGGUCCAAACCAAAAGGGUGUGGGUUCUAAGCACAGGGAUUCAAGGCUAGAAGAGGGAAAGCUAAGUGCCACCCUCCCAUGGACAAGGGGAGAGCCAGCUUGAUGACAGCAGUUAAAUUGCCAAGCGUGGUCCAACAGACUUUGAGAAAGACUUCCUUGUAUAUUCUGGAGGUGAAUGGGUAACUGUUUUCAGAUUCCUGGGAGCAGGUGCCAGUAUUGCUUCCAGAAUUCUAGCUCAGCAACUGCAGGCAGGCUUUGUGCUGCUACUGACCAAAUGUGGGAGGCAUGUCUGGCAAGAGAGAGCACUCUGGUCUGCUGGAUCUGUAGUUCUUUUUAGGCCUCUGUGUUCAGAGAGGCCAGAGUUGCUUAUCUCCUCAGGGUAGAGGGGCCCAGGUAGAUAGACUAGAGGGAAAGGUUGUUGGUGUGAUUUACUUCCUGUCUGUGGCACCUGCUGUUUAGAAAAGUGGGCUGGCAGUAUGUGUUUGCGGGUGGGUGAGGGGCACAAUUGCACAUGUAGGAUGGCAGCACAGAGCAGGGCAGACUGGCAGAGGGUAUUGCAGUGUUGAGAAGAAGCAGGCAGACCACCUGUCCCAGUCUAUGGUGUCAUUCUCUCUGGGAUUCAUGCAGAGCAAAGCACUUUAUUUCUUUAGAAGUUCUGUAGAUUGGGGUGGAGUUUAAGCCAAGGCCUCUGGGGUCCAUGCCCAAAUCCCACUUCUCAAGAGAGGGGAAGAAAGGGGUAGAAGAAUCUCCAGUCUGUCUUAUUUUCUAGGGGAGGCAGGAGGAGCUGAUGUGGCACAGAAAAUUUAUUAAACUGGAGCUAGCAAGAACUGCCCCAUGUCUGUGGCUGGCGUGCUGAGCUGGCUGAGCUUUGUGCUGGGUAGAAAGGACUCAGGUGGGCAGGUACAGAUUGGCCUAGGGAGUGUUGGGAUGGGGAGCGGGCAUCCCCUCUUCUUCCUGGGGAAUCCAAGCCACUCUUCCCCGUCUGUGCUGCCCACUCCCUUACUCCCACCCCAGUAGUUGUCCCGUGGAAGAAGUGGGGCUGUCUCUGGCCAAGUUGCCUCUUAGGGAUUUGUGUAAAAUGUGCAUACACACACACACACUCACUCACACUCACACUCACAUAAUCUCACCACAGUGGUGGGCACUGCACUCAGCACACACCCAGCCAGCUCCCGACGGCAGCCUCUCCCGCCUGGUUGGGGCAGCCCUCACCAUGAUUCCGAAGUGUACACCUGCUGUGGUUUGUUGUAGUCAUUGUAUCGGGGAUACCCUCAAGCUGAAUUACUCAUUAUUGGGGAAAACCAGAGACAUAUAAAGAAGGAGUCAGGUCUGUUUGAAAUGUCAGGGGCUGAUGGUAAGGAAUAGGUGACAAAAAUUUAUUUCCAGACUUUGAGUUAGACUGACCCCCACCUUUCCCUCAGCAAGCAGAAGCACUGGUCAAUCCCCUUCUUCCCCAGCUGCAGACCACUAAUACUUAUAUUCCUCCAGCAUUCCCAUCCUUUGUCCCUGCUGUCCCCUACCUUUAAUGACGGGUCUCAGCUUCUCCCCCCCACACCUAAGAAUUGACUGUGCAAGGUGAUGGGACUUGGGGGAAGGCUGGUGUACAUGUGGCUUUACUGCCAGUGAAUUUCACGCACUUUAAAGUCCUGUGGCUUGUGACCUCUUAUCUAAUAAAGUGUUAGAAUCCA